UUCCGGUUGGACCUGCUUUGUGCUGCUUCCAUUUGUGCGAUCAGUGGGAAAACUUAUCUCGUAAGUGUUUGGCAAAAAAGUGGCAGAGAUUUGUGGGGAAAAUAUAAACGACCGUCAGUCGUGAAUCUGCAAUCUGGUGGUGCAAUAUUGCAUUGGAGAAAAAUUAUUGCAGCCAAGAAAUGGCACGAAAAUAGUGAAUAAAUCUCUUGGAUACGCGGUGCAACCAUAAGGAUUGUGAUUUAUUGUGAUGCAGUUGGGGGAUUAAAACAGUGUGAAAAGUUGUGCAAACCAAAUCGAAAAUAUAAUAGAUUAAGGUGAAAGUGUUUGUGAGUACAGUCGUGAGCGUAAAUGAGGCUAUUUAUUAAUUCCUUACGAAAAAUUGAGUGAGCGAUACUUUUAUGCUACGCAUCAUAAUAUGUGAUAGUGAAGUCACCCUAUAGAAUCUUCUCAAAGCAAACUCCAUCGUAUUUUAGCACCACAAAACGGACACACACCCGCCGGCAACAUGGAGCAGUUGGCUCACUUCGUAACGAAAUCGUUCGACUUUAACAACAGCCGCGUGCUGGACCUGCUCAACAUGACGGCCACUGCCGGUCCGAUAGCACAUCCCGACUAUGGUACACGGACCGGUUCCGAUUCGGACCUACUGUCCAGCACGAGCAGCAGUCUCGGUGAUGAUCUUGAGGACGAAAUACAUUCCCACUCGCUCGAAGUGUCACACCAUCACCGACUGCACACGUUACAUCCACUGCGAACGACCGAUCCUAACGGCGAACGAGACGAAAGGCGUGAAGAACCUUCGAACGAGGAUGAGGAAACGAUCGACAUCGAAAUUACGGACCUAUCGUACAGUAAUGGAAGUAACGGGGGUAGUAGUGGGGGUGGGUGUGAUAACGAUGAGCCUACUGUUGUAGGUGGAAAAUCUCUCACACAUCCACUGUCCAAUGCGACCAUUUCUCUAGAGCCGACGGUUGUGAUGAGUGCUUCCGGUGACGAGAUACGUGAAUCGGGGGACAAAAAUGGUGAUAAAAGUGCGAUAGGACGAUCACUUUUACUGCUCACCGGGCCGGCGAGUAACAACAACGAGAAGGGUGUAACGAAUCGGAACGAAAUUAGUGUUAUACGGAAGUUUGACAAUAAGAAGCCACACGAGAACGAUCGAUCGAGUGCGGGACUGUGUGAGGUGGUCGGUGGUGAAGUGGAUGGGGCUCGUGGAGGACAGAAGAAGGAGGAAGGGAAAGGUGCAAUCGGUGGGAACAAUGGUAGUGGCGUUGAGGGGGGAAAUGCAAAUGGGAAGAGUAACAGCAAGCGACACGUACCGCGCAAUUGGCUUAUCGCCGAUCUGGUGGAUGAGAAAAAGGAAGAUAAAACCAAAGAUGACGUUGCCUUAAACCUUGUGCGCUCGGAAAUUGAUACGCGGGUGGCCAAAGUGGCCCACGGAUACGAUCCCGCCGGUCUGCAGAUUGUACGUCCCAAGCCAGCCUCGGAGCUGCUCAAGCAAAGUGUUGACCUCAUCAACAAUCACCACUAUCCGGCGCAUCUCCCAGCACCAACGCUAACGGGUACCGGUACCGACGGUGAAUCCGACACAGAACCGCGUAUCCCGCGCGAAUCCGUCACACCCGACCGGGACGAUCCGUGUGCGGAUGGAACGCGAUCCGAAUCGGCACCACCGGCCCCCGGUACCGAGCGUCCCGACGAACGGCUUAAACUCCCGACCGAACCCGCACACGUCACCAACGGUCACGGUCCCCUAUCGGCACUCACCAACAACAAACAGCGCCGAUCCCGGACGAACUUUACGCUCGAGCAGCUGAACGAGCUCGAACGGUUGUUCGAGGAAACGCACUAUCCGGAUGCAUUUAUGCGGGAAGAGCUAAGCCAACGGUUGGGACUGAGCGAGGCAAGGGUGCAGGUUUGGUUUCAAAACAGGCGAGCCAAGUGUCGAAAGCAUGAAAAUCAAAUGCACAAAGGUAUUAUCCUUUCGAGUCAUAGCCCACCGGUCACCACGCCGCUCGAGCCGUGUCGUGUAGCACCGUACGUCAACGUUCCGUCCCUGCGUGCUGGCAACGGUGUACCACCCGGUGGAGGUACUGGUGGAACUGGAAUGCCUCCUUCAACCACCGCAGCAUCAGCAGCAGCAGUCAACCAUCCCUUCCCUGUGGCCGCCUUUUCUGCCUUCGAUUCUGCGUUCAUUUCGGCUGCAGCACAACAGUACGCAGCUGCACUGACUUCCGGGUCCGUGCCGGCAAGCCUUUUCUCACUGUCCCAGUACAGACCGGGAGGAUUGGCAGCGGCAGCCGCCAUUGCUACGCUGCCCGGGUUUACCGUGGCACACGACAAGAACUCCAGCAUCGUCGAUCUGCGGCUAAAGGCGGAAAAGCACAAAGAAAAUCAGAAGAAAAUUGUAAACAAUGUGUCCACGUAACUGGUUCCAUCUUGCAGCACUAUUUGUGGAGAUAGAGACAGCAGGCUCCAAAGGAUAACUGAUCGCGUGCAAGGAAACGAGCUCUGACGCCUAAAAGCUCCUAAUGUGACCUAUCACAACUCGUGGAGUAUUCAAGCACAUUAGCGUACUUCUUGUUUUGUCCUGUGUAAAAUAAAUAUACACCGUUUCGGUAGUGCUAAUCUCUCUGUGUUGAUGACUGCGUAC